AACGUCCAACACCUCACCUGUAGUCGCUCAUUCCCCAAUUCGCAGCACACACAAUACCCAAGAUGGCGCCGACAGAAUUAAACAAGAACAAGUACUCUGUGCUUCUACCCACGUACAAUGAGCGUCGCAACCUGCCCAUCAUAACGUGGUUGCUAAACAAGACCUUCACCGAGGAGAACCUCGACUGGGAACUCAUCAUCAUCGACGACGGCUCCCCCGACGGCACCCAAGAAAUCGCCGCCCAGCUCCAAAAAGUAUACACCCCGGAACGCAUCCAAAUCCGCGCCCGCGCCGGUAAACUGGGUCUCGGCACCGCCUACGUCCACGGCCUCCAGUUCGCCACGGGAAACUUCGUCAUCAUCAUGGACGCAGACUUUUCGCACCACCCAAAGUUCAUCGCGCCCAUGAUUGCGCUGCAGAAGACCAAGAACUACGACAUCGUCACCGGUACUCGGUAUGCGGGUGAUGGCGGCGUGUUUGGCUGGGAUCUCAAGCGCAAGUUUGUGAGCAGGGGUGCGAAUUUGUUCGCGGAUACGGUGCUGAGACCGGGUGUGAGUGAUUUGACCGGCAGCUUUAGGCUGUAUAAGAAGGAGGUGCUGCAAAAGGUUAUUCGUAGUACCGAGAGUAAGGGGUAUACGUUUCAGAUGGAGAUGAUGGUCAGGGCGAAGGCCAUGGGGUGUACGGUUGCGGAAGUGCCGAUUUCGUUUGUCGAUCGGUUGUAUGGUGAGAGUAAGCUGGGUGGCGAUGAGAUUGUCGAGUAUGCCAAGGGUGUGCUGGCGUUGUGGAUGAAGGUCUAGGGCUCGGUGGUAUGGGCAUGGCAUUGGCGUUAGGGAUCGGGGGUGGGGGACUUGGU